AUUUGUUAAUGUUCUAUUAGGUCACAAGGCUGUGACUUGAGACCAGCUGGCUUGUUGCUAGGGUAUCCCGAAUUGGUAAUGAACAAGCACCCCGCUUGUCCCCUUUUCUCAUCCACUGAUACAUUAGAACACAGAAACACAGACCUAUAGAUUCUGUAUACACUUCUAGAGUCAGAGUUCUUCAGAUCAGAUGGCAGGUGAGUCCAUUCCCCUGUGAUUUUGAAGCAGCAGACCCCUCCCCCCCCUUUUUUACUAGUUGUACAUACCCCCAUGCUUUUUCCGGGAAGCCUUGUUAAUCAUUAAUCAGGUCAGUGUAUGAACCACAUGAAAUUCUCAGAUAAGUACUUUCUUGAUAAUCUCUUUUUACACUCACUGUUAAAAGUAUACAGCUUCAUGUUAUUUUUGCUUGAUUAGGUGAGACUGUUCCGUUCUACACUCGAGAAAAAUCCUAACUAUUCCCCAAUGCCAAUACUCCCGUUUUGAAAUUUGUAAUUCUUUCCCCUUGCUAUCAGAGAAAGUGAUGCUUUGUGGUUAGUGAGCUUGAUGCCCACACUUGUAAUCUUGUAUUUGUGAUGGCAGAAUGAGGUGGGGAUUCAGUUAUUUUGAAUCUUCCGGUUGGUUGGCUACUGAGUUUAGAGGUGGAGGCAUCUACAGGCAACCUGUAGGUGCUUAAUGGCCCUGAUUGCAUUUUACUCACAGCACCCAGAUUAUUUAUCAGCUUAAAGCUGGCUAUUUAAGGGUGAGCAUUAACUCUUUAGCAGCACUGGGAGCCCUUUAAUAAGUAACUAGAGACCUGGAGGUGAUCUCUAUUUUUCUAAAUGCACUGGCUUUUAUUACAGGUGCAGUUCACUGGAGGUCACUCGGUGGUUUCAAAUAUUUAAUGUCCUUUCCUAAGAGAGUGGCCCCAGGCCAGUGAGGAAGCUGGAUAGAUGUUAUUUGUCAGUGCCCUGUGCCUAGCACACUAAGUCAGGUCGUAGUAGUUGUGUUCUGGCAAGGAAAGCAAAUUGACAGAUGUGACUGGAGAUAAUAGAAGGGCCUUGGAUGAAACACGUUUCUGAGGUAAGAGCAUAUGCAUCAGGGCUUCAGGGCUGAAUAUAUUUGUGGCUUUUGGGGAGUAAUGUUUUAUUUUGAUGUAAUUUCAAACUUCAAAGAAAAAUUAAUAAGACCAAAGCAAGGAACUGUACACUGCUAAAUGGGGGAGUCAAAAUGACUAAAGACAACAUUAAGGGCCCAUGACCAGUGACAUCACCUCCUGGGAAGAUUGAGGUCUGUCAUCCAGGCUUCCUAAGCGUUUUGACAUAAAGGCUUCCACGAGGAAGAAUGCAGCAUUGCCUGAAUUCUCAGGUCAGAGACAGAGAUUAGCUGUGCAUCCCUUCUAAUCUGCCUGCGGAGAUAGUAGUGCACUUCCGUCAGCUACAAGGAACAAGCGGCACCUGAAUGACAGCAGUGUGUAGGUACCUGAGGAUUCAGCAGGUAGGGAUAGUACCUUGGGGACAGGUAGAAAAGUCUCAGAUGUAGAAUAGGCAGAGAGAAUGUUCAGAGAAGCUAUAGAGGAGAAAGGGCAUAUGUUUAGGGCAGAAGGCAGCUCAACAAUAUAAUGGGAGGCAGAUGGUGAAGGUAUGUGUAAAAGACUGUGAGCUUGUUGCAAGAUCUUAUGAAAAUGGGGCUUGUUUACAGGAAGUGGUCUAAUAUCCAUAUAGAACCGGCUGACCUUAAUGGAAAAAUACUUUCUACUGACUAUCCAGUACAUUUCCAGCAUUGCUAAGACAUUUGCUGUGCAUGUUCAAGUCCAGCCAAGGAUUUCUGCCUUUGUAUGUAAUACUUAGAAUAUUUUAAUAUAAUUAGUGGCUAAAAGACAACAUUCAAAGUACAGAUAACUGGUAUUCGGAUCCUUAUAUGUUAGACGAGGCUGUGGGAAACAGAUAUGUUCACGUGCUGCUGAUGGGAGUUUAAAUCAUUAUCACAUAUACGAAUGGAACACCGGUGAUGCCUGUCAAAAGUAUAAGUAUGCCCUUUGAGCUCAAAGUGCAGCUUCUGCAGGUUGCUGCUACAGCAAACUUACCGACGUGCACUUAGGUUAAAUAGAAGACUGGGACCCAAACAAAAUAUUUGACAGGGGCGGGAAUUAGCUAAGCCCCGAUGGCCAUAGCCGGGGAGUACUAUGCAGCUAUAAAAGGAAAUUCAGAGGAAGUAGCAGUGGAGAGGAAUGAUGUCUCUGGGUACUGAUUUGGAAAUAGCUCCUGGGGGAGGGGGAAGAGGUAAGAAUAAUCUUCUUUUGCACAUUUUUGCCUUAAAGAAGCUAGGAGAUAUAAAAAAAAUGAAUAAAAGUGUUUUGUGGUGGGUGGAAACUGGCAGAUGGAGAUGGGUGGGUGUGAAAAAUCUUCACUGGCUAAAUGAACCUUCUUUAUACUUUUUAAAGUGUGUUCAUGUACAAGUUGAUGAAAAAUGGAGAAAAGACGACUGUUAUGUUCUCAUAGGAACCUCAAGGACAGCUAUUUUUCCACCCCCAAAUAUCUUAUCCCUGUUUCUUUUUCAUUUAAACGGGAACAUUUUUCUUUAGACAUGAAAAUGACAUCCUCCAGCUUCCCUUGCCGCCUUGUGCAGCUCCUGGGCCAGUGACACGAGACGGAGCUGUUAGAUCUCAGCCUUGUCAAAGAUGCCAGGUGUGGGAAGCACGCCAAAGCUCCCAAGGACCCCAAGUUGCGUGAACUUCUGGAUGUUGGGAACAUCGGACACUUGGAACAGCGCAUGAUAACUGUGGUGUAUGGACCAGACCUGGUGAACAUUUCCCACUUGAAUCUUGUGGCUUUUCAAGAGGAAGUGGCCAAGGAAUGGACAAAUGAGGUUUUCAGCUUGGCAACAAACCUGCUGGCUCAGAACAUGUCCAGGGACGCAUUUCUGGAGAAAGCAUAUACUAAGCUCAAGCUUCAGGUCACCCCAGAGGGCCGCAUUCCUCUCAAAAACAUCUAUCGAUUGUUCUCAGCAGACCGGAAGCGAGUUGAGACUGCGCUAGAGGCUUGUAGUCUUCCAUCUUCAAGGAAUGAUUCCAUUCCCCAGGAGGACUUCACUCCAGAUGUAUACAGAGUUUUCCUGAACAAUCUCUGCCCCCGACCUGAAAUUGAUAACAUCUUUUCCGAAUUUGGUGCCAAAAGCAAGCCGUACCUUACUGUUGAUCAGAUGAUGGAUUUUAUCAACCUUAAGCAGAGAGAUCCUCGGCUAAAUGAAAUACUUUACCCACCUCUGAAGCAGGAGCAGGUCCAAGUGUUGAUUGAGAAAUAUGAGCCCAACAGCAGCCUCGCCAAGAAAGGGCAGAUGUCAGUGGAUGGAUUCAUGCGCUACCUGAGCGGAGAAGAAAAUGGAGUCGUUUCACCUGAGAAACUGGAUUUGAACGAAGACAUGUCUCAGCCCCUGUCACACUAUUUCAUCAAUUCCUCGCACAACACCUACCUCACAGCUGGCCAGUUGGCUGGGAACUCGUCUGUAGAGAUGUAUCGCCAGGUGCUUCUGUCUGGAUGUCGCUGUGUGGAGCUGGACUGCUGGAAGGGAAGGACCGCUGAGGAAGAGCCCGUCAUCACCCACGGAUUCACCAUGACAACAGAAAUAUCCUUCAAGGAAGUCAUAGAAGCCAUCGCAGAGUGUGCGUUCAAGACGUCUCCUUUCCCCAUCCUCCUUUCUUUUGAGAACCACGUGGAUUCCCCAAAGCAACAAGCCAAGAUGGCCGAGUAUUGCCGAUUAAUCUUUGGUGAUGCCCUCCUUAUGGAACCACUGGAAAAAUACCCACUGGAAUCUGGGGUACCUCUUCCAAGCCCUAUGGAUUUAAUGUAUAAAAUCUUGGUGAAAAACAAGAAGAAGUCACACAAGUCGUCAGAGGGAAGUGGUAAAAAGCGGCUUUCUGAGCAAGCUUCCAACACCUACAGCGACUCCUCCAGCGUGUUCGAGCCUUCGUCUCCAGGAGCUGGGGAAGCAGAUACGGAGAGUGAUGACGAUGACGACGAUGAUGACUGUAAAAAGUCUUCCAUGGAUGAGGGGACUGCUGGCAGCGAAGCCAUGGCCACGGAAGAGAUGUCUAACCUGGUGAACUACAUUCAGCCUGUCAAGUUUGAGUCCUUUGAAAUUUCAAAAAAAAGAAAUAAAAGCUUUGAAAUGUCUUCCUUCGUGGAAACCAAAGGACUUGAACAACUUACAAAGUCUCCGGUGGAAUUUGUAGAAUACAACAAGAUGCAACUUAGCAGGAUAUAUCCCAAGGGAACACGCGUGGAUUCAUCCAACUACAUGCCUCAACUCUUCUGGAAUGCUGGCUGUCAGAUGGUGGCGCUCAACUUCCAGACAGUGGAUCUAGCUAUGCAGAUAAACAUGGGCAUGUAUGAAUACAACGGGAAGAGUGGCUACAGGCUGAAGCCAGAAUUCAUGAGGAGGCCGGACAAGCAUUUUGAUCCAUUUACUGAAGGAAUCGUAGAUGGGAUAGUGGCCAAUACUUUAUCUGUUAAGAUUAUUUCAGGUCAGUUUCUCUCUGAUAAGAAAGUUGGGACUUACGUGGAAGUGGAUAUGUUUGGCUUGCCUGUGGACACAAGGAGGAAGGCAUUUAAAACCAAGACAUCCCAAGGAAAUGCUGUAAACCCUGUCUGGGAAGAAGAACCUAUUGUAUUCAAAAAGGUAGUUCUACCUUCUCUGGCCUGUUUGAGGAUAGCAGCAUAUGAAGAGGGAGGCAAAUUUAUUGGCCACCGGAUAUUGCCUGUGCAGGCUAUACGGCCAGGCUAUCACUACAUCUGCCUGCGGAAUGAGAGGAACCAGCCCCUGAUGCUGCCAGCUGUCUUUGUCUACAUUGAAGUCAAAGACUAUGUGCCAGACACAUACGCAGAUGUGAUCGAAGCUCUAUCAAACCCAAUCCGAUAUGUCAAUCUCAUGGAACAGAGAGCUAAGCAGCUGGCUGCGUUGACACUGGAGGAUGAAGAGGAAGUAAAGAAGGAGGCUGACCCUGGAGAAACAUCAUCUGAGGCUCCAAGCGAAACCAGGACAACACCAGCAGAGAAUGGGGUGAAUCACACCGCCUCCCUUGCCCCCAAGCCUCCUUCCCAGGCUCCACACAGCCAGCCUGCUCCAGGGUCUGUGAAGGCACCUGCCAAAACAGAAGAUCUGAUCCAGAGCGUGUUAACAGAAGUAGAGGCGCAAACCAUCGAAGAGCUCAAGCAACAGAAAUCGUUCGUGAAACUUCAAAAGAAACACUACAAAGAAAUGAAAGACCUGGUGAAGAGACACCACAAGAAAACCACGGAGCUCAUCAAGGAGCACACGACCAAGUACAAUGAGAUUCAGAAUGACUACCUGAGAAGGAGGGCAGCCUUGGAGAAGUCCGCCAAAAAGGACAGCAAGAAGAAAUCUGAACCCAGCAGCCCUGACCACGGCUCAUCAGCCAUUGAGCAAGACCUCGCUGCCCUGGAUGCAGAAAUGACUCAGAAGUUGAUAGACUUGAAAGACAAGCAACAACAGCAGCUGCUUAAUCUUCGGCAAGAGCAGUAUUACAGCGAGAAGUACCAGAAGCGAGAACACAUUAAACUGCUUAUUCAGAAGUUGACAGAUGUUGCGGAAGAGUGUCAGAGCAAUCAGUUAAAGAAGCUGAAAGAAAUCUGUGAGAAAGAGAAGAAGGAAUUAAAGAAGAAAAUGGACAAGAAAAGGCAGGAGAAGAUAACAGAAGCCAAGUCCAAGGACAAGAGCCAGAUGGAAGAGGAGAAGACAGAGAUGAUCCGAUCAUACAUCCAGGAGGUGGUGCAGUACAUCAAGAGGUUAGAGGAAGCACAAAGUAAAAGACAAGAAAAACUUGUGGAGAAACACAAUGAGAUCCGCCAGCAGAUCCUAGAUGAGAAGCCCAAGGGGGAAGGCCCCUCCUCAGUCUUGUCGGAAGGUUGCCAUGAGGAUCCCUCUGUUCCCCCCAACUUUACUCCCCCCAACCCUCAAGCUCUCAAGUGGUGAGCACCGUCCUUCUAGCCAGCUGCAGAUGGAGCUGGAACAAGAAUACCAAGACAAGUUCAAAAGACUGCCCCUGGAGGUUCUGGAGUUUGUUCAGGAAGCCA